GAAGGACCAUCAAAACCUGUUCUUGAAUACAUUGAUCUGGUCUGUGGUGAUGAUGAAGAGCCUAGCAUCUAUCAUAGUGAUUUUAUUUAUUUGAGAGAGACAGAGACAGCACAAGCAGGGAAGGGACAGAGAGAGAAAGGGAGAGAGAAUCCCAGGCAGGCUCCACGCUGCCCAUGGAGAGCCCAAUGCAGGGCUUGAACUCAUAAAACCACGAGAUCAUGACCUGAGCUGAUACCAAGAGUCUGACACCUAACCAACUGAGCCACUCAGGCACCCUAUUCUGUUCCCUAAAAUGCCAAAACGACAGGGAGAUUUUUUGCAUUUUUUAAAUGUGAAGAAGGUGAAAACAGACACAGAAAGAAAUGAUAACAGAAAUCAUUGUGGACUGUCUAAGUCAGAGGAAUCAAAUUUCAAAUAUGUUGAAAAACCAGUCAUUGAAGAAAAUCCAUCAUGUUCAUCAAAGGAAGAAACAGAUAAUCUGGUGCUUCCAGAUUGUUGGAAUGAAAAACAAGCAUUCAUGUUUACAGAACAGUACAAAUGGCUUGAAAUAAAAGAAGGUAAAUUAGGAUGUAAGGAUUGUUCAACAGUUCGGCAUUUGGGAUCAAAAGCAGAAAAGCAUGUCCAUGUGUCCAAGGAAUGGAUUGCAUAUUUAGUAACCCCUAAUGGCAGUAAUAAAACUACUAGACAAGCUUCUCUGCGGAAAAAAAUUAGGGAACACGAUGUUUCUAAAGCCCAUGGUAAAAUUCAGGAUCUCUUGAAGGAAUCAGUUAAUGACUCAAUUUCUAAUUUAGUGCAUAAAAAAAAAAAUAAAAAUAUUGAUGCUACCAUAAAAGUUUUCAAUACAGUUUAUAGUUUAGUAAAACAUAAUAGACCUUUGUCUGAUAUUGAGGGGGCAGUAGAAUUACAAGAGAAAAAUGGAGAGGUCAGCUGUUUAAAUACACGAUACAGUGCAACAAGAAUAGCAGAACAUAUUGCAAAAGAAAUUAAAAUGAAGAUAUUUAAGAAUAUGAUAGAAGAGCAUGCCAAAAUCUGCAUCAUAAUUGAUGAGGUAUCUACAGUUUCAAAGAAAAGCACUCUAGUGAUUUAUCUCCAAUGCACAGUUCAGUCGGCUCCCGCACCAGUUAUGUUGUUCGUUGCUUUAAAAGAAUUGGUCUCCGCCACAGCAGAGUUUAUUGUCAAUACGUUAUUGAAUACUUUAAAUGAUUGUGGGUUUACUAAUGAAUAUUUGAAAGCAAAUUUAAUUGCAUUUUGUUCUGAUGGUGCUAAUACAAUGCUGGGAAAAAAGUCUGGAGUAGCUACAAAGUUGUUAGAAUAUUUUCCUAAAAUCAUUAUUUGGAACUGUUUAAAUUAUCGAUUACAGUUGUCACUUGAUGAUUCAAUAUCUGAAAUAAAACAAGUUAAUCAUUUUAAACUAUUUCUUGAUAAAAUUUAUUCCAUUUAUCACCAGUCUAAUAAAAAUCAAAACAAGCUUUUAGAAAAUGUAGCUGAAGAUCUUGAAAUUGAAAUUGUUAAAAUUGGCCGGGUAAUGGGACCAAGAUGGACAGCAUGUAGUUUACAAGCUGCUACUGCUGUAUGGCAUGCAUAUCCUGUAUUAUAUAUGCAUUUUUCUCAUUCUCGUUCUGGUUUGGCAAAGAGAUUAUCUAACAUUAAUUUCUUACAAGACCUUGCUUUAAUGAUUGACAUUCUUGAAGAAUUUUCACUACUUUCAACUGCAUUACAGUCAAGAUCAACUAACAUUCACAAAGCACAAAAAUUGAUCAAACGCACCAUAAGAGCUUUGGAAAAUUUAAAAAUCAGUACUGGAAAGCAUGAGUCUCAAAUUGAGGGUUUGAUUAAGUCAGAUAAGUUUAAAGAUAUUCCAUUUAAUAAAAACAAUGAAUUUAAUGCUCUUCCAAGGAGUAUGUUACUAGAAAAUAUAAUUGAACACAUGCAUUUACGUCUUUUAUCUGACAGAAACCAUGACGAAAGUAUUUUUAAUUAUUUUGACUUGCUAGAACCUUCUACAUGGCCUUAUGAAGAAAUAACUUCACCAUGGAUAGCUGGUGAAAAAAAAUUAUUUCAUCUAUGUGAAAUUUUAAAAUACGAAAUUGAUUUGAAUGAUUUUCGAGAAUUUGUACAUGAUAAUAUAAAAUCAAACAAUGUUUCAAUUCCUAUAGCUAUACAAAAAGCUAAAAAGAUAGUUAACACUAUUGCAAUCAAUAAUGCUGAAGCUGAAAGAGGUUUCAAUUUAAUGAAUAUAAUUUGUACAAGGGUGAGAAAUAGCUUAACAAUAGAUCACAUAUCAGAUUUAAUGACAAUAAAUUUAUUGGGGAAGGAGUUAGCAGAUUGGGAUGCAACUCCAUUUGUAACGUCCUGGUCAAAUUGUAACCAUAGGUUGGCUACAGAUAAAAGAGUUAGGCAAAAAUCAGCAAAAGCCUUCUGUGAGAAUCAGUUGGCUAUAUGGAACUUACAAUAAAGGGUAUUAUAUAUGUUUUUAUCAUUUGUAAAUUGUGUGCUAUACAUCUCUUAUACAUAAAAAAUUCUUUGAAAGUCAGUUGUUAAACUUUUAUUAACAUGUUGUUUAAAAGGCAUUCUCCAAAAAGCUAAAGUUGAUUGUUUUUAGGAGUUACAUAGUUAGAGAUUAGCCCACGUCUGCUAGAGGGCCAUGAUAUAUAUUCUGUACAGAACAUUCAGCCAUUUCCACUUUUGCUGUCUUACUUUUUACUUAAGAUGCAAAAGAAUAACAACCCAGUCAAGUUCUAAGCCCUAGAAAUUAUAUGGAUGCAAAAUGAAAUAAAAAUUGCAAACUUUUUGGCUCUUUCUCAUUUCUGUAUCUGUGCUAAUACAGUAAUCUCUAGCACGUGUGGCUAUUAAGCACUUGAAAUGAGCUCAGUAGGACUAAGCAAAUUUUUAAUUUCAAUUAAAUAUAAAAAAGUGUAAAAUAUUUUAAAAACUCAACUUUUAGAAAUACAUUUGUUACCUUGCUUAUGAUUCUUGUAGCGUGCCUGUCAGACUCAUGUGUCAUGUCUAGUAUUACAUAAAAACACAUCACGGAAUUGGUGUCAACAGAUUCAGUGCACAUAACUUUUUUUCUAUGAAUUGAUAUAACAUAGCAUUUUUAUCUGAGUAUUUUAUAUAGACAACAGGAACUAGUGAUACUUAUAUAAAUCAUACUGGUAAUUAGAUUGAGAUACCUAUUUUAAUUGUAAUUAUUU